AUGGUACAGAUCAGCGAGGUCAAAGAUCCUAAGGCAAAAGAUAGCAGCAGAACAGCCGCUCAUACUCAUAUUCGAGGCUUAGGCUUGGAUGAACAUGGAAUCGCUAAGAAGGUUGAAGGAGGAUUUAUCGGACAAACAUCAGCACGAGAAGGUUGUGGAGUUGUUGUUGAUUUGAUUAAAAGUAAAAGAAUGUCUGGGAAGGCAAUUUUAUUGGCUGGUCCUCCCGGGACCGGUAAGACUGCGUUAGCCUUAGCCAUUGCUCAAGAAUUAGGACCUAAAGUUCCAUUUUGUCCUAUUGUGGGCUCUGAAUUGUAUUCUGCCGAAGUUAAAAAGACUUCAGCGUUGAUGGAGAACUUUAGAAAGGCCAUUGGGUUAAGAAUCAAAGAAACAAAGGAAGUUUAUGAAGGUGAAGUCAUCGAAUUGACUCCAGAAGAAGCAGAGAAUCCCUUAGGAGGUUAUGGUAAGACAAUUAGUCAUGUGAUUGUUGGCUUAAAGACUGCAAAAGGGACCAAGAAUUUAAGAUUAGAUCCAAGUAUUUAUGAGAGUAUUCAAAAGGAAAGAGUCACUGUUGGAGAUGUGAUCUACAUUGAAGCUAAUACUGGAGCAGUCAAAAGAGUUGGAAGAUCAGAUGCUUAUGCUACUGAAUUUGAUUUGGAAGCUGAAGAAUAUGUCCCUUUACCUAAAGGUGAGGUUCAUAAAAAGAAGGAAAUCGUUCAAGAUGUUACUUUACAUGAUUUGGAUGUGGCCAAUGCAAGACCUCAAGGUGGUCAGGAUGUUUUAUCCAUGAUGGGUCAAUUGUUAAAGCCAAAAAAGACUGAAAUCACCGAUAAAUUAAGACUGGAAGUUAACAGAGUGGUAUCGAAAUAUAUCGACCAGGGAGUUGCCGAAUUGAUCCCUGGUGUUUUGUUUAUUGAUGAAGUCAACAUGUUGGACAUUGAAUUGUUUACGUAUUUGAACAAAGCUUUAGAAAGCUCUAUAGCUCCGAUAGUGGUUUUGGCUUCCAACAGAGGAUUAACUACAGUUAAAGGUUCUGAUGACGAUGUCAAAGCUCCUCAUGGAUGUCCUCCAGAUUUGAUAGAUAGAUUAUUGAUUGUCAAGACCUUGUCAUACAACAAGGAAGAAGUGCAAGCCAUUAUUUCCAAAAGAGCUACUCUUGAAAGCUUAUCUAUCUCUGCUGAAGCCUUGGACAAAUUGGCUGAGCAUGCGGUGAAAAACUCCUUACGGUAUGCAUUGCAACUUUUAACUCCUUGUGGUAUUUUAAGUCAGAAUGCUAGUCGUACCGAAAUAGGCGUGCAAGAUGUUGAAGAAUGUGAAUUCUUAUUCCUUGAUGCCAGAAGUUCAAUUGCUGUUUUGGAACAAAGUAAAGGGUACCUUUAA